UGCCCGAUACACAUAUGCGGGUAGAUUCAGAUGCAUUUCGAGUCCUAUUUUAAGGCACAUAAGCCCAUGGAGUUCUAAUGCCAGUUCCCAGCGAUCCAGUUAGAGGAGUGGCAGUUGUGGGAAUAGCAGUAUCUUUUAUAUUUUCAAUAGACCCAGUAUCCAUAUUUGUAUAAGUUCCAAUAGAGAGAUUCAAAAUAGGACCAGGAUCCUCUCAGGUCACCAGCAAUCCUCCCGUCACCACUCAGAAUGCAGUUUACAUCACCAUCCCAGAGUCCCAAGAGGGUAAUCAGGAUGACAAGUUGAAGAAAAAAGCCGAAGAAAAGAAGGUAGCCAAUCAGCUAGAGAGCUUAGAAGAAAAGGUCAAAAGCCUACAGGGGAUCGACUCUUAUGGCAGUACCAGUUUCUCUGACCUAUGCUUUUCCCGGAUAUGAAACUCCCCCACAAGUUCAAAACUCCAGACUUAGACAAAUAUGAUGGAACAGGCUGUCCUUUUACCCAUUUGAAAGUCUAUUGUGGAGAAAUGUGUUUAUACGGCGAUAAUGAAAGACUACUCAUCCAGCAAUUCCAAAAAAAGUCUGACCGGCCCUGCUCAGAGGUGGUUCGUCCAGUUAGACCACAGCCGGAUCCGAACAUGGUCUAACCUAGCCACUUCCUUCCUGUCACAAUACAAGUUCAACACUGAAAUGGCACCGGACCGCUCCAACGUAUGCAGAAAAAGGGUAGCGAGUCAUUCAGGGCAUACGCCCAACGAUGGAGGGAACUCGCAGCACAGGUCAAACCCCCGAUGGUUGAAAAAGAGAUGGUCGGUGCUUUCCUCAACACAUUGAAAGAUCCAUACUACUCCCACCUUAUCGGGCACACUACGUCAAGUUUCGCAGACCUGGUCAUAGUAGGUGAGCGAGUGGAAGAUGGAGUCAAAUCAGGGCGCCUGGUUGACAUACAGGCAUUGCAGUCGCUGCUGGAACAGUCAGGAACGAGCACUAUCCCGAGGAGGGUACAGACCAAAAGAACAGAAACCGGGCCGAAAGGAGGAGAAGUUCAGGUCAUCACCUCCGCCCGAAAUGACCAUCCACAAAAGCAGAGAAUAUACGUACAGCCAUCCACUCAGCGGCCCCUUAUAUUAUCACCAGGACAGGGUCAGCAGACUAACCGGAUUCAGAUUCCUCAACCACAAGCACCAACAGGAGAAGGCACGAGACCUAAUCCAUCACCUCCCAAAAAGGAACAAAGAAAGUUUGAUCCAGAUUACUAUCACAUGGGAAGUCCAGGUCAUACGACUGACAGAUGUUUCGCUUUAAGACACAAGAUCCAAGAUCUCCGAGAACAACACCUGCUACGCUUUGAACUUGAGAAUUGA